GUCAUUCUUCUCAGCUGACGCGGCGAGACGGGACCGACUGUUUUACGCGCAAGAUCGGGCCGAAUUUUGCGCACAUUUCACCGUCAGGAAAUGAGUAUAGAAAUCCCCGAGGGCUUGACCGAGCUUCUGCAGAGCUUUACCGUGGAGGUCCUCAGGAACCAGCCGGGGGACCUGCUGGAGUUCGCGCUGCAGUACUUCACGCGUCUCAAGGAGAACGAGAGCCGCGGCGGCGCGUUCGGCAAUGCGCUCAAUUCAGCCGCGCGAGCGGGGAAAGCCGUCAACUUCAUCGAGGAGGCCAUGCAGAUCGACUCCGAAAACGGAGAGGAAGAGGAGGAUGAUGAAGAAUUCGUAGCUCCAGUUUUCAACAGAUUUGUCCGGAGAGCUUCUGUUUGUGCGGAGGCGUACAACCCUGAUGAGGAUGAAGAGGAGAGAGAACCCAGGGUCACUCACCCUAAAACAGACGAGCAGAGACAGAGACUACAGGAAGCCUGCAAAGACAUCCUACUGUUCAAAAACCUGGACCAGGAGCAGAUGUCUGAAGUCCUGGAUGGCAUGUUUGAGAAGGUAGUGGUGACCGGAGAGUACAUCAUUGAUCAAGACGACGAUGGCGACAACUUCUACGUCAUUGAGAGGGGAACGUUUGACAUCACGUUGAAAGAGGAUGGCACCACGCGGACUGUGGGCUCUUAUGACAACCGUGGGAGUUUUGGAGAGCUGGCCCUCAUGUACAACACGCCGAGGGCCGCCACCAUCAUCGCUACCUCAUCUGGAGCCCUGUGGUGCCUCGUGAGUCAUUUCUGUCAUCAUGUUCCAGGGUUAUUAUUUAUGGAAGCCCUUAUCUUGCUUAGUGUUUAUCUAACUACCUUGUUCUCCCAGGGUGAUUUGGCAGAUUCUUUCUACAUUGUAGAAUCAGGACACGUUAGGAUCACUAUGAAGAGGAGCAAGUCAAAAAACGAUACUGAAGACGAGGAGGUGGAAAUCGCCACAUGCUCUAGAGGCCAGUAUUUUGGAGAGCUGGCACUCGUCACUAACAAGCCACGGGCAGCAUCUGCAUAUGCCAUGGACAGCGUCAAAUGCUUAGUAAUGGACGUGCAGGCGUUUGAGAGGUUAUUAGGCCCCUGCAUGGACAUCAUGAAACGAAACAUAGCGAAUUACGAGGAGCAGCUGAUCACGCUCUUCGGGAGCCACAUCGCAAUAGAGGAGCCGGAUGCAUGAAAUCAGUUCAUCAAUAAACACCGCAAACUUAAAAUGCAACAUGAAACGAUGAGAACAUGGUAAGUAGAGGCCCGUCAUCAUGGUCAAGAAAUCGUGUUAACAUAGGUCAUAAACUCAAAGUUAUUGUUUUGCAUUCACAGAUGUGAAACUCCGGUGUGUCAAUGAUCAUGAUUUUUUUUUUAGAUCUGAAAAGCCAAAUGUGAGCAUUUUCCUCCAGGGUACUCCAGGUUUAUGGGAGUUUCCUCAUAGUUAUUUGGUAUCGAAACUUUUCUUCGGUUGCCGUUUCUUUCACAUGCUGCAUCUUUUACAGUGAUGUCCACACAAAGACUGCAUUAUUAUGCCAUAUACAGCACAGUGACAUGUUAGUUUAUUCUUUUGAAGCUAUAUUUCUGUAUUUUAAAAUCGGCUGUUGAGCAUCUGUUAAUGUUUCAGUGUUAUGUAAGU